GUGGCGCUGGGUGUUUUCUUCUUCCCGUCAUUCACACUUGAUAGUUUUUUACUUUUUACAUUUCGGUAGUUUAGUUGGCUGUAAAAUUAUUUUCGUAAUGGCUGCCACGCUAAAAGUGUAGCUCAUUGGUUAUGUCAUGUAUAUAAAAUCAUUAUUCGUAAGUGUUACAUGUGUAAUUCAACAAGUGUUAUGAACAAUGAUCGCAUGAAAGGAGUCUUAGUCUCAAUCUCGCAGGGACGUUUCUUCUUUCAUGUUUCCUUUUUUGGCAAUUAAGUUAUGGACUCGGCGUUUGUGUACUAUAUGUAAUAAAAACAUAAUCUAUGCGUCGUGAAAAGUGUUCUCUGGGACCAUAUUGAGUGGAAAGUGUUUCGAGAGAGUUGAAAAUGACGGAUACGCGUUCGUCGUCUGCGUUGUUCAAGCGCGCGGAGCAGCUGCGGCGAUGGGAGGAAUCCGACACCAAUAAACAGAGCCCGACUCCUAAGCGGGCGUCGAGGAUCCAGUUUUCCUCCGGGAUCGUGUUCCUGGCGGCGUGCACGUCAGGCGACAAGGACGAGGUGCAACGUCUUCUGAAAGCGGGAGCCGACAUCAACACUGCGAACGUGGACGGGCUGACAGCUCUGCACCAGGCAUGCAUCGACGACAACCUAGACAUGGUAGAGUUCCUCGUGGCGCACGGUGCGGACGUGAACCGCGGCGACAACGAGGGCUGGACGCCGCUGCACGCCACCGCCUCCUGCGGUUUCCUCAGCAUAGCCAGGUAUCUCCUGGAGAGCGGAGCGGACGUCGCAGCAGUGAAUUAUGACGGUGAACUAGCGGUCGACAUCGCCGAGAGCGACGCAAUGGAGCAACUGCUACAGAAGGCUAUCGAUGAGAAAGGCAUCGAUUGCGAGAAAUCACGUAACGCGGAAGUGGACAACCUGCUCAGCGACGCCAAGAACUGGGCGGCGAACGGCUACGUGGAAGUCAGGGAUCCCAAGACCGGCGGCACGCCACUUCACGUAGCCGCCGCCAAGGGUUAUAUUGAUGUGGCCAAGAUGCUUCUGGAAGAGUGCGGCGCGGAACCCGACUGCGUAGACUACGAGGGCUGGACACCAUUGCACGCCGCCGCGCUCUGGGGGCAGAAGGAGGCCGCCGCGCUACUGCUCAAGUGUGGGGCCGAUCCACAUCUCAAGAACUAUUCGGGCCAAACCUGCAUGGACCUAGUGGACCCGAGCAUAUCGUCGUGGCUCGCGGACGCCACCCUCAAGGCGCCGCGUCGCCUCAACAACAACAACAAACGCAAACUCUCCCCGCCGCGACACGAGGUCAAGCGGGUCGAGUUGCAGAUCACAGGGGACGUGGUUAAUGACAAGCCGCCGGCGCCGGAGAUCAUUAAGGACAGCAAGCCGCCGAAGGGGCGCGCGCCGUCACCCGACGCGGAGGAGGAGGCGCCGUCAUGGCGGCGCACGGCCAGCUUCAGGAAACAGGAGGUCACACGCGAGAACAAACCGGCGAACAACGCCGUGGACAACGACACCAUACUCAGGAGGACGCACAGUUUCGAAAACGACAAGACUUUCUAUCAGCGCUACCGCGACGUGACGGCGCGUAUAAAGGCCUCCUCCUGCCCCUCUAUACCUCCGCCGCCGCUCGCUGAGAAGGAGACUAAUGAUACUAACGAGGAUGUGCAGACAAGAAUAAACUCGACAGCGGAGAAGCGAGAGCGAGACGCUAACACAUGGAGUCCCACGUCCACCGCCGCCAACACCAACACAACCAACACCAAUACCACCACACAGACCACUGUCAGGAGCUCCUCGGAUGCGGAGAACAGUAGCAAUUCCACCUCGAGCUCGGCGACCCCGACCAAGCUAUCGCCCGGGAACAUUUUCAAGAACUUCUUCAAGUCAUUCGUGCCGCCGGUACGCGACGAAGAGAGCGAGACGCAACGAAAGGCGCACGCCAAGCGAGUGAGAGAGACGAGGCGAUCGACUCAGGGCGUCACGCUCGACGAGAUCAAAUCUGCAGAGCAGCUCGUCAAGAAAAAGACUGGCAAUGGCACCACAGAGUCGCCCGCGCCAGCUAGUCCCAAGAAAGAAGAAACUCCUUCACCGGCCCCCGUUGAAAACAACUCGACGCGGGACGUAGCGGUCACCGUCGCGCUGGCGUGCGCGACCGCCACUGCCACCGCGACCAUCGCGCCGCACGAGCGCCGCCCGUCGUGGCGGCUCCGGCUCGACCCGACCAAUAAGUUUGAGCUGGAGGAUGCGGGUCGGCCGCGCUCCACGGACGCGACCGUCACGCUGCCGCUGCGGCGCCCGCCCGCCGCGAGCACGGCCAACACCGCCUCGCCGCCGUCCAAGGAGGAGAGUCGCGCCGGCGAAGACGAGAAAGAGCGCGAAAGCAGUUCGGAGAGCAAAUCAUCAUCGAACGCAUCCCCCGCAAGCACACAGGCCGCGAUGAACGUGAUCCAGCGCCGGCGCAGGCCCAAGCGGCGCUCCACCGGCGUCGGCCACGUCGACAUGGACGACAUUGUGAAUGAUCGCGGCGGGGGCGGUGAAGGAGAUGGCGAAACAGAAACUGUGCAGUCGGGAAGCGAGCGCACAGAGGACGGCGAGGACAUCGACUACAAGGCGCUAUACAUCGCGUCCUCCAGCGAGGUCCGCCGCCUGCGCGCCCUGCUGGCCACCUCCGAGCAACAACUGCGCGACGCGCGCGCCACCAUAGCGCGCACCAGCCAAGUGAGUCAAAAUUCGCUGUCAGACACUGAGAAACGUGAGAAGAGAGCCAUGGAGAGGAAAUUAUCUGAAAUGGAGGAAGAAUUAAAGUACCAACAAGCGCUCCAAGCCGAAAACCAGCGGCUAAAGGACGAGAACGGAGCCCUAAUCCGAGUGAUCAGCAAACUGUCCAAGUGAGCGCGGGCUUACACAGGGAGGCAUUUGAACAGUAUUUAGCGGCACUAUCCUUUGCUCAUAUCAAAGAGAAUUUGAAAUAGAGGGAUAUUGACAAAGUAAAUUAUGUAGUCAGUACAGUCACCUACAAUAACAUGUUACACAAUGAAGGCCGCAAAAAUAUCUGACACGAUCUUAUUUGUAGACCCAUAAGAGCGUGUCACAUAUUUUUGCGGCU